UCUUUUCUUCACAAGUUUUUGUUUGUCUGGCGAGACGAGCUGUUGUUCGUGCAGGUCUUAUUCUCCUUCGCAGACAGAGCUGCAGCUUGCUCGGCGGUAGAACUUGUUGCCUUCAUUCUUCAUAUGCGGUGUCUUCAGAAUUAUGCUCCACUAAGAUGGAGAAAUUCGUGGGACCGCGAGGGUCUGAAACGCAGGGAGUAGUUUCUGUUCUAACUCUAAGUGCUUCCGCUGUAGUUUCAGAGGCCAGUUUGUCGUGCAGUGCACGAAGAGACCGGACGUUCUUUCUUUUUUGCAGGAGCCCGUAGCAGAACUAGUACUAGACUGACGACAAGGUACUAAAAGCACGUAGGACAUUUGAGUUCGUUCUUCCAAUUAUCGUUAUUGAAAAAAAUCAGUUUUUGUUUUUCAAAGUUAGAGGGACCAUCACCAUCAGUGUGAAUGAGGACCACGGAAAGUGGAAGUGCCGGUUUGCAACACGGCCUGGCUGACACUUCUGUCUAUUGAUGUCUCUCCGAGCCUUUUGUUCAAAAACCGCUGCAGCAGGAGAGUUGAUGUUUGCUGAGAGAAUAAGGGGACGAAAUACUUCCAAACGCGAGGGAAAUGAUUUGAAGGCAAGGAAGAGGAAGAAGGACGAAGUGACCUUUGAGCUGCAGGUUUCUUCCUCCGUCCCAAACAGCGUGGCCUCGAACAAUUGCACGCCGCAAAACGGGGGCACAGCAGGUGCGGGAACUACUGCAUCCGGGUUCGGAGGUGGUCGUGUAAAUGUAAUGGGCGCAGAACAGCGACCGCCAGAGCUACAGUACCGGGCGGGAUGAAGGGCAGGAGCGAGCAUGAGGAAGUCAUGUGGAUGGAAAUGAGCUGGUGUAGUCGUGGUGUAGCUGACUUUGAGACUUCCUCACUUUCCUGUCUAGUACGCAAAAAUAUAUGUUGAUUUAGUUCUUUUCUUCACAAGUUUUUGUUUGUCUGGCGAGACGAGCUGUUGUUCGUCCUGGAGGUCUUAUUCUCCUUCGCGGACAGCGCCAGAAGUGCAGCUUGCUCGGCGGUCGCACUUACGUUCAUUCUUCAUAUGCGGUGUCUUCAGAUGAAUUAUGCUCCACUAAGAUCGAGAAAUUCCUGGGACCGCGGCGGCCUGAAACGCAGGAAGUAGUUGUUCUAAGUACUACUUCCGCUGUAGUUUCUGAGGCCAGUUUGUCGUGCAGUGCACGAAGAGACCGGACGUUCUUUCUUUUUUGCAGGAGCCCGUAGCAGAACUAGACUGACGACGAAGGUAAAAGCACGUAGAACAUUUGAGUUCGUUCUUCCAAUUAUCGUUAUUGAAAAAAAUCAGUUUUUGUUUUUCAAAGUUAGAGGGACCAUCACC